AUGUAAAAUAAGCUGUUUUAAAAUCCAUAAGAUGAAGCCAUUCUCUCUGAAAGAAAUGAGUAAGAAUAAUUUCAAAGUGAUCUUUCCAAUGAUGAAUAAGAUUCAAAUGAUGAAAUUGAAAAUGAAGAAGAAUAAGAAAUCAACCCAAAAGAGUCUUAAACCCCUACUUAUUAAGAAUAAUAAAUUAUAAAGGAUGAGACUAAAAAAAAAGAUGUAACCAUUAAAUUAAAUUUAGAUAAAAGAGACAUGUCUUGAAAAAAUCAAAGCUUAUAUUGGAUUUGGUCAUAGAGAUUUAAUUGUAAAUGAAAAGAUUGGAUCAAUAUUUUUAUUACCAAUUUCAUCCAAAUGGAAAUUAAAAGUAUAGGUAACUGUAGCUUAAAUAAUAAUUGCUAUAACAUCAUUAUCUUUAUUUGUUGGAAUUUAAUUAAUAGGUUCACAUAUAUUAUUUGAUACAGUACAAUAAUGGACAAAGAACAGCGUCUCAAUAUUAUUAGAAAAGUAAAUUUGCGAAAUCACAAUAGAUUUUAUUUAACUCUUGAUCAGUAAUAGAGAGAAUGAAAUACAAAUAAUAAAUGUAACAUUAAAUUUAAUUAAAUCUAAAACUUUAAAAUACAAUGGUGCACUUUAUGAAAUGGAUGAUUAAAUUCCAAAUUCAACCAAAAUGUAUCUUCCAAAUACAGGAAUUAUAGAUUAAUACACUUUAAAUCUUGCUACAUAUAGUCUUCUAUAUGAUUAAUAAAUACCUGAAAAUUAAAUCAGAACAUAUUUAUCAAUAAAUAGCAUAAUGUAUUUUAAUUAUUAAUCUAUGGGUUCCUCUUUUUUUUGGAUAUUUGAUGAUGGCUUCAUGAUGUAAUAUCCAGGAAUGAAUGUUACAAAUAAAAAACUAUUCAAUGAAUAUCGAUUAUAAAUGUAUAAAAGUAGAAGAUAUUAAACAGAUAUUCCACUUGAACAUCUUUAUGAUCCAAUUUUAAAUUAAAAUUUAUAAAGAGAAGUAUUUCCAAUAACUGAUAAAAAUAAUGAAAAAAUUGGUUUAAUCUUUUGUGAAAGAAGACCUUUUACCUUAUAUAUGCUAUUUUAUUCUAUUGCUAUUAAUUAUCAGUAUAAUUAUACUCUUUUUUUACUUUCAUAUUAUAAUGAUAUACUCUAUUAUUAAGAGCAAGAAUAUCAAAUAAACAUCAAUGAAUUUUAAUAAGUAUUGAAAACUAUGAAUAAAGAUGAUUCUUAAUUAAAAAAAAUUAAUUUUUCAUAAUAUUUAAAAGAUUCAUCAAGCGUUGCAUAGUACAUAAAUUUUUAUGAGGGAGAUCUAUCAGGUUAAUAAUUUAUGUUAGCAUAUGUUAAUUAUUCUGGUCUACUUCUAGGAAUGUAAGUUUUGAUUUUAACUUAAUAGUUAUUAACCAUCUUACUUGCCUCAUGAAGAAAUUAAACUUUAGAAAAAGAAUUAUCAACUUAAAACAGAUAAUUUCAAUAAUAAAUUAAUACCAAUAGCAUUAUCUAUACCAUUCGUUUAUAUUAUAUUUUGUGUUUUUUAUAUGGUUAGAUAAAUUAAACCUCUUCAAAAAAUAACUGAAUAUGCAGAUUAAUUAUUAAAGAAAUCUUAAAAAUAUGAUGAAAAAUAUUUUAAUCAUACAACUGGAGUUGAUCCCAUCUAAAAAUUAACAUCAUUAAUUGCAAACCUAAUUGGAAAUCUAAACAAAUCUAAAUAACUGAAAAAAUAAGAAAUUAUUGAAUUCUAUAAUAAGUAAACAUAUCCAAUUAGUCAAAAAGCCAGGGAUGUUUUUGCAAUUAUAUCUGAAGUCAAAAAAAUUAAAAUAGAUUAAAUUGUUAAAGAUCCUGGAGUAAUGUAAUUUCCUAAUUUAGAUGAUUGA